AUGGUCAAUAUCUCCGGGGCCAGGCCUCACGCGUUGAGGAUCACCAUCGCCCUCUUCUGCAUUCUCUCCGUGUUUCUGUUCUUCGACCCCAUCGGCUUCGCAUCCACCAUGAACUACAACCUCGCACCCCCAGGCUCGACCACAAUGGUGACACACAUUGUCCUGUUCAAGUUUAAGCCCGAUCUUGAUGAUGGAGCUGUAGAUGUGGCCUGUGCCAAGAUCUUGUCUCUCAAGGAAAACUGCCUUCGGCCCAAUUCGCAACACGCGUAUAUCAAGAGUAUUACAGGAGGUCGAGAUAACUCCCCAGAAAACCUCCAGAAUGGCAUGACACAUGCUUUCGUUGUGCAAUUCGAAAACACGGAUGAUAGAAAUUACUACGUGGAACAGGACCCCGCCCAUCUGGCUUUCAAGAAGGAGAUUGAACCUCUGGUCGAGAAGAUUACCGUGCUCGACUAUGUCAGCGGUGUGUUUUAG